CCUUUAUACAGAUCAAUGCAGGACAAGCAGGGUAAGUUCAAUUCUGUCCUUUAUAUAGAUCAAUGCAGGACAAGCAGGGUAAGUUCAAUUCUGUCCUUUAUACAGAUCAAUGCAGGACAAGCAGGGUAAGUUCAAUUCUGUCCUUUAUAUAGAUCAAUGCAGGACAAGCAGGUUUAUGAAUUAAGGAAGCUUGAGAGAAAACUUUUCAAUGCUUGGUGCAGGUGGCUCUGCUAUCCUUCUAGAAAUAUUACUGAUGAUAAUGCCAGCAGAGAUAACUUUAUUUCUGUUCUUAAGGUAGUUGACCAGAAACUCUUAGAAACCCCAGGUCCAUACUUCCUAGCUGAAUUCUCCGUAGUGGACUCUAUAUUUAUCCCCUAUGUAGAAAGAAUGCAUGCAAGUCUGUUUUACUAUAAAGGGUUUAGUAUGCGCGACAAAACUAAGUUUCCAGGCCUUACUGCUUGGUUUUCAGGCAUAGAAUCAAGGGAUACAUAUAUGGGAACUCAGAGCGAUUUCCACACUCAUGUUCACGACCUGCCUCCUCAGAUGGGAGGCUGCUACGAGAACGGGACUAAAGAACAGGAGGAGUGUAAGAAUCGAGUAGAUUCCUGUACUGACUUCAGUCUACCAGAGAGCAGUGUGGAGGAGAAGGAGGAGAAUAAAUAUUUAGCAGCUGAAAGAGUUCUUAAGUUCAAGGACUAUAUUUUACAGGUGAACCCCUGUAAAGAUGAAACUAUUGAUGAAGGACUAAGAUGUGCUCUAACCUACCUACUUUCCGGUCAACUUAUUACACCCCCUCCAGGAUGUGAUGUUGGGCUACGGUACAUAAAGGAAAGGAUAAACGUACCACGUGAUAUGUCCCUGUGGUCAGCUAGGAGACUAAGGGAAGCUUUGGAAUUGACCGCUGCUGCUGCUGGAUCAGGGACGGGUCAGCCUAUACCUAGUGAGCAUAGGCGGGAUCAAAAUCCCGCAAAUUUCGGGAAAAUUUAAAAUAUUCAGUUUUUAUAAACUUGUGUUACGUUAUGUUAAAUGAUUAAUUCAUGAAUAAAUAUUUUUAUAACUAAAGUUAUCCUUUUUUUGUUUCAGAA